AUGGCUAGUAUUAAAGAAACUUCAAGUAUCGUCACAUUAACUCAUCCUGACAACAAGGAAACGUCCGUAACAAUUUUGAAAUAUGGUGCCACCGUGUACUCCUGGAAAAGGGAAGGUGUUGAACAAUUAUGGUUAUCAUCUGCUGCUAAACUGGAUGGUUCAAAGCCUGUUAGAGGUGGUAUCCCAUUGGUGUUCCCUGCUUUUGGAAAAAAUACAACUGAUAAAUACUUAAAGGAUUUACCACAACAUGGUUUUGCAAGAAAUUCAAACUGGACUUUCAAGGGUAUAGUUAGAUCCUAUCCACCAACUGUCCAGUUCGAAUUGAAUGAAGGAAACGCAAAUCGAGAAUUAAUUAAAGCUUGGCCAUAUAAGUUCACCAUUCUUUACAAUAUCGAGUUAGGUUACGAUCAUUUGAAAACAAGUGUCGAUAUUAGGAAUGAAUCGGAUGUUCCAUUCGAUUUCAAUUGGUUAUUCCACACUUAUUACAACAUCCAGGACUCUAUUGAGAAUGUCUAUGUACAUGGUUUAGAAAACCAAGCCACUCACGAUAACAUCACAGGUAAAGCUGCCGUCGAAAAAAAUGCUGAAGUUAUUAUUGACAGAGAGGUUGAUAGAAGAUAUUUAAAUGUUGAUGUCAAAGAAAACAUUACUAUUUUGAAUAAGAAAACUAACCAGUUAGUCCACGGUUUAAUCAGGGAAAACCUGUCAGAUGCCGUUGUUUGGAAUCCAUGGAUCAAGAAAUCUGCCGGUAUGGGUGAUUUCGAACCAAAAGAUGGAUACAAAAACAUGCUCUGUGUCGAACCUGGUCAUAUCCACGAUUUAGUCACCUUAAGAGCAAAACAAAAAUGGUCUGCUUCUCAAUAUAUGUAUUGA